GCCAGCCCUGCUUCUUUCAAUCUGUUCAACUCUGGACGAGAAAAAAGAACAGCCCAAAGAGCAUUCCACAAUGUUUUUGAGAUUGUGUGCUAAACUCAACUUUACCAAGGCAGAUCGAGAUGGCCGUAAGAAGCAUGAUGAUCAGCCCCCGCCUCCAAGCACCACAGACCAAGAUCGCGUCGGAACAAAGGCCAAUAAUGGCGUGCCUUCCAGGCGAGAUGCAGAAACCGAUAACACCCCAAGGGAAAACCUCUGCGAAGUGACCGGAGAGAGAUUGGACGAGAACCCCCCGCCUUCGAGCACCACAGUCCAAGAUCACACCGGAAAAAAGGCCGAUACUGGUGUGCCUUCCACGCGGGAUGUUAAGCCUGACCUCCCAAGAGAAAACCUCUGGGAAGUGGCCGGAGAAAGAUUAGACGAGGAACACCGAAAUGCUCUGGGUCUGGAAAGUGUCUUUCCUGUCACGAAUGCCAUCGAACAAGUGAUCAAGACAACUGAGGAGAAAUACCGCGAGUAUAAAGAAGGUGGGCUCAAGAUUCGCAAGCGCGAUGGUGGACACAUCAACGUUCGGGAUUCCGCCAAAAAUAUCAUUCUGUAUACACUGCAGGCGCAGGAUAUUGUCAAGAAAUUGGUGGCUUUUGAUCCAACCGGACAUGCAUCAAGUGCAUGGUCAAUCGUUUCGAUUGGUCUGACGUUGAUCAAAAAUGACAUUGAACGUCGGGACGACAUUUUCGAGACAGCCGAGUAUCUAGCCCGCAUUCUUUCCUACUAUGCGAUCGUUGACAAUCAUUAUCGAGAAAGAAAAGUGGAAAGCGAUCGAGGGUUAGAAGACGCUCUGAUUGAGGUCUACUUGGCAAUUCUUCAGUACACGGCAGAGGUGAAAAAGGCAGAAAAAGAAAGCCAUGCUGCCCGCGUGGUAAAAAGUAUCACGGCCCUUGUUCAUCAGCCGCUCAAAGACCUCAAGGAAACCGUUGAACAGAAAGGGCAGGCUGUUCAAAAUUGGACAAAUCUCACGGCAGCUCUAGAUCACAGAAAGCAAGCUGAAACAAUGCUGGACGGAAUCGACGAGGCGGUUGAAAGGCUGAAGAUUAUUCAAUCCCACACUAGAAGCUUGCAAGACCGAGAGAUUCUCGACUGGUUGUCCACGGCAUCCUAUUCAGACCCCCAAAUUCACACCCAAGACCGCCGGGCAUCAAACACGGGGAAUUGGUUUCUUGACUUACCCGAGUAUAAAGAGUGGAAGGCCACGCCUGGACAGAUCUGUUGGCUUUAUGGAGCAGUCGGAUGCGGAAAAUCGGUUCUCUGUUCUACAGUUAUCCAAGAUAUUGGGGAAUUCUGCAGGCCUGAUUCAUCAAGGCAUUUUGCCUACUGGUACUUUCAGUUCAGCAAUGACGAAACACAGAAGGUGUACAACAUGAUCAGGUCCAUCCUGCGACAAUUCAUGCCACGAGAACUUCCUGCAUCUAUGGUCAAACUCUGGGAAGAACAUCGCCACCGAGGCAGUGAGCCACAACAGCAAAAACUUGUAGAGAUCCUCGACAUUGUGUUGGAAACUUCUCAGGGCGAGUUCUUCCUUAUCCUUGAUGCUCUGGACGAAUGCCCCACGACAGGACACAACGAACGAAGGUCGCUCUUGCCAUUCCUCGAAGAACUGUUGGGAAAACAUCGAUCCAAAAUGCAUAUUCUCGCCACAAGUCGACCAGAGCCUGAUAUACGCUCAAGGCUGGAACAAUAUCAAAGCGUGGAUCUGGAGACUGGGUUGGGGGGAGAUGUGGAAACUUUUGUCCGGGCUCAAGUUGCCGGUGGCAGGUUGUGUCAAUGGGACGAGUCGAUUAAAAAGCUGACCCUAGAGAAAUUGCUUGAUAUUCCGGAACGCAGGCGCUUUCGCUGGGCUGAUUUGCAGAUAGAGCGGCUUGAAGAGUCCACGGAUGAGGAUGAAUUUCAUGAAGCUCUUGAUUCCAUUCCAGCCACACUCGAGGAUACCUACAAAGACACCCUUGAAAGACUGUCACCAAAGCAUCGAAAGGCUGCUCGCACAAUAUUGAUGUGGCUCAGUUUCUCUGCCGUCCCAUUGGAUUUGAAAACUGUCGCGGCUGCUGUGUCUUUUCGUUUUCCAGGGGACGUUGUGACAACCUGCACUACUUCCCUAGUCACUGUGAGCAUCUCAGAUAAUACUGUGAGACUGGCUCAUUUCUCCGUGAAAGAGUUCCUAGUUUGCAACGAACCCGAGGUCCAAUGGUAUCAAUUCUCGGCCCUCUCCGGCCAUAAUGCCAUAGCAAAUAAAACUAUCGACUGCCUGCUUGAAACUACCGAGAUCCUAACAAAGACCACUGCGGUGCAAAAGCCACUACAGAUAUACGCUGCGGGAUAUUGGGACCGUCAUCUGGCAGAAUUAGGAGAUCUACACGCCAGUCGUACCGGUCUCCAGGAAAAGAUUGACCUCCUGUUCACCGAGCGCGAUAUUUAUUUCAACUGGGUGCGCUUGGUUGAUUUUGAUUGUGAUUACAAAUGGCAUCAAUCAUUUGAGGAGUUGGAACCGCCUCUGGUUAUUGCAUCAGGAAAAGGAUUGAAACAAACAGUCGAAAUGUUGCUUGCAAAAGGCGUCAAUUCUAUGGGCCCACACCCUGGACUUUAUGAUGCGUUGCUUGCGGCUGCGGGACAAGGUUACCUAGAGGUCCUAGAGCUUUUGCUGAAUAAAGUGGAUGAGAUACCUCGAAGAGUGAUUGGAAACAUGCUGUGGCAUAUUAAAACCGCCGAAGCCGACAAAGAGAAGUUGGCGAUCAUUUUAGACCUGCUUUCGGACAAGGGUGCUUUGCAUGAUCAAUCAAGAGCAUCGCAUAGGAUCAUUGAUGAGAGACUAGUUGAACGUGCAGCUGGGAAUAUGUGGUCGGGCCAGAUACUAAUGGGCCUGUUCCUAGAUCGACAAGAGAAAAUGGGCGUCAAGAUAACUGAGGGGUUGUUAAAUGCUGUGUUGCACAAUUACUACUACAGCGAAGAAAUCAUGCACAUGCUUUUAAAAAGUUGUGACGUGGAUAUAAAGCUUACCCCAUCAUUGAUGCAGGUGCUUGGUUCCUCAUACAAUACUAAUGCCAUGACUGCCGUUCUGAGUAGGCGGAUCAAUGAUGUCACGUUGGAUGAAGAAUGUGUUGGGGCUUUUGCAAGCGGAAACAAAGAAGCGAUGGAGCUGCUUCUGCGGGAGCGUGGCGAGGAAAUCCAAGUCACCCAGAAAGUCCUGAUUACAGCCGCCAGUUCUGCACGCGAUCCACAGACAGUGAAGUUACUUCUAAACAGGCGAGAGCCUGGAAUAGAUAUCGGUAAAGAGGUCCUCUUAGCCGCUGCAGGAAACUGGACAAUAGGCAGUGAAAUCAUGGAGAUGUUGCUUGAUGAGCGUGGGCAAGACACCGUCAUUAAUGAUGAGAUCAUCCAGGAAAUUGCAGACAACCGAGAUCAAGGCUUGGGCAUGAUGAAGACGCUCCUGCGCAGACAGCAAGCGGGCUUUGUGGUCACCGAGCAAACAUUAUGCAACGCUGCUCGAUGUCACAGUCGGGAAAUGCUGGAGCUCCUGGUGAAUAAUUCCGGUGGUUCUGAUCUUCCCAUCACAGGGAAAAUCUUAUGCUCUGUAGCUGGAAAUAUUGCUCGUGGGAACGCUUUGAUGGAGUAUUUAUUUGAUCUUCGAGGUCACAGUCUUCCCGUCUCAGAGGAUGUAUUGGUAUCAGUUGCAGAUGUGAAAUUUCUCGCAGCGAAAAGUCCCGCAGCGGACGAGGUGCUCACAUUCAUCUUGGAGAGAUGGCCGGAAAUUCCGGCAACUGAUCGACUGUUGGAAGCGGCAUGUGGUCACCCUAAGGCCAUGGGUCUGCUAUUGGAUCGACAGCAGGACUGUCUUCCAAUUGAAAGAAUGAUCUACAAAAUAGCAACUGACUGGAGGGGAGGAAGGGUGCUGGAGAUGCUUCUCGAUCGGCAGCUUGUGCAAGUGGAUGAGUGGCUGGUAGAAACAGUCGCUGGUAACGACGGUGCUCUGGAGGUCAUUUACAGCAGGAAUCCGGAUUUUCCAGUGACACCGAAGGCAGUCGUCAACGCGGCAAGAAAAAGCGAUGCAAUGAGGAUCCUGCUCAACAGACAGAAGAAUCAAGUCUUGAUCACAGAAGAAGUGAUCAAAGCUUCAUUGUUGGGAUCGCACCCAGAAUCAGUCAUAAGCUUACUUCUGGCUCGCCUGGGACCAGAGGCAGUGCCGAUUACAGAGGAUAUCUUGAUAUACGCUAUUCGGAAUAACCAAUUCAGUUCUGUGGAGUUGUUUUUGGAACAACGCCGUGGCCUCAAUCUUAGUACAGUCUGGGAAACAAUAUGGCAGGACCCUGAAAUCCCCCCAUCUUCUCUGGCUAAGGCAGGAGGGGCUCUUGUUCAACAUGCCAGUUUCGAUGUCUCGGAUAAAAUGCUGGAGAGGAUCCCAUCUGAGUUUUUGGACUCUUUUAUCCGCGCAUGUAUGCAGCACCGGAUAUCGUUACCCACCACAGAGGCAGCAUUCGAGCUGAUUGUGGAAAGGUCAAGUUUGAAUACAGUCGAUAUAUUCUUGGAGGAUCACCCUGGCUUUCCUAUCACUGAGAGACACAUUGAGGCUGCUGGGAGGAACCAAACAAAAUACAUAGACAACGAUGCUUUGGGGUCGCUUCUGUCUGCCAAGUCAAGUUCAUCUUGA